UUCUUCAUUUCCGUGGUAUAUAUGGCCGAGUGCUACAGAAAUGAUCAAAUUCAUCAUGGCGUAUUUCAGACUCUUGCUAAAAACCCAGACACAAUUGGUUUAGGAGCUGAGUGGAGGUCUGGGAGUCUUCCUCCGACCGUCCCGAUGCGGUGACAGCCGGCGCCCCAGUCGGAACUGGUAGGACUAGGAGCCCGAAAAAAUUUCCUUGAAAAUUCAAUAUGGCGGCGGAAAAUGAAAAUGGUGGUCCACCGCCGGGAACGGUUUGUGAAGGUCAAUUUGACCCAGGCCAUGGACAUUUUUUCGUGAAGAAGACGUUUCACAAGCCCACAUAUUGCCACCACUGUACGGAUAUGCUAUGGGGUCUUAUCGGACAGGGCUAUAUUUGUGAAGUUUGUAACUUUGUGGUCCACGACCGCUGUCUGAAGACCGUGGUCUCCCCUUGUACAAGUAUAGCCACCAACCUUAUCAAGGUAACAGCACUCUCUAAUUUAGGGAUGUGGGUACUUCUGGGUCCUAGGGUCUGUCUGCAGUAGAAAACUUAGGACCAAAAUUUGGUCAAAAUUGGCACUUUUGUAUGGUAAUGACUUGGGAUCUUUUCAAUGGACAAAAAAUAUCAAUCUUUUAGAUAUGUGACUUUUAUCUGUAAAAAUCUGUUACUGUAUAGUAUUUGUGUUGCUUUUGCAGAGAACUGAAUUACUAGUAUAAGGUAG